AUUAGGUAGAUAGGAUUUCCAUCAGCCAUGAUUUCAAAUAAACGAAUUCAAACUACAUAAUUCAAAGGAUAACUUAUUGACAGGUAGGUCUAGGUAUUAUGUAUUAAUUUCAGACUAAACCAUGACUAAACAGUGUCCACUCUUUGUUAGUUUGAUAUAAACGGGAGGAUGCAGUCUUACAUAGUCUGUUGCUAGGUAACGUCACAACGCAAACAAAAAUUUUAUCAACGAAGAAUACCCCGCACAUAAUGGAUAUUGUUUCGACUUUCUGUACCAUUUUUUCUACGGAGGAAAAUAUUUGAAGGAUACGAUAAUUUAAUUAAAGUCGAGUUGUGAAUUCAUGGCACUACCAACCCCCGAAAGCGGAUUCUUGAUAUCCGUCACCGGACAAAUAGAAACGGCCGAUUUUCCAGAUUUUGACAAUAUUUAUUGUAAAUAUUGCUUCGUGUAUGGUCCAGAUUGGGAAUUAAUUUCGGGAACCGAAGAAGGCAUAUCGCAGGUUUCGAGAAAAAGUCAGGACGAACGUCAGAUAUUUAUAAUAAAUUUCCCGAUAGAAACGUGCUUUAAAAGUACCAACCCGUAUGGAUGGCCUCGAAUCGUUCUCAGUGUGUACGGAAUGGACUCUUUCGGUAAUGAUGUAGUUAGGGGCUACGGAAUGGCUCAUUUACCAAUCACCGCCGGAAAAUGUUCUAAAUGCAUCGCUACCUUUGCGCCCGCAUCGAGUUCUCUGCUGCAACAAAUGACUUCCUGGCUGACCGGACGGAGACCGGAAUACAUAGAUCCUAGGGUGCUGGCUUUUGGAGAUGGUAGAGAAGUAACUCGAGUUACCAGUCAAGGAAAAGUUUGGAUAAGUUUCAAUCUUUUGAUGAAAGAUAUGCGAAAAUAUGGAUUUGAUAACACGCCGAAAGAAGAAAUAGUAACCGAUUUAUCCAGUUAUUUAUCAAAACCAAGAAACGAUGGGUGAUUUUAGAUUAAAAACCUGAAAAAUUUGGACAUCGUCUGAGAACUUUCUGAACAUCCGUCAUUCGUCAUUCAUCUGCACCGGAAUCGCAACUCGAUUAGAUUGAAAAUUACGCCAUCGUGAUCCAUCAAAUUACUCGGUACUUCGAUGCGUUCGAAAGCCAUGUGGCCUAAGGCCUAUGUAAUUGUUGCGACGACGCGAAGUAUUUAAACGAUCAGUUAUGACGAUUUCUUUUCUAAAUUCUAUUAAUAGCCCGUAUAUACGUGUGUUAACAGUGUUUACGAUCUUCAAAAUAGGUACCGUACAUAGGCGAAUAGGGGAUAUUAAUGCAAAUUUGUCGCACGAUAUAGGUGGGUAC